AUGCCCCUCGCAAGAAUACACUUUCUAGCAUUGAUCGUUCAGCUCCAUCUUUGUCUAGCACAAUCAAGUUUCACGUUCUCCCAACCUAGUUCUUAUUCUGUAUCUGUACUAACAAUAGACCGUAUCUACCUUGGUGCUUACGAUACAAUCCCAGAAGACACCGCAGACUUUGUUUUUUUCACCGUCGAAGACGCGCUUCCUUACAAUGCCUUCCACCUUGAUUUUGGUCCAUUGCAUAUUGGUAGUCUCUACCGUUUUGCCGUCGUGCUUCACAACAUCUUGAACGAAGACGCCAACCAGGGAAAAGCCGUGGUGUUCUACAGCUCCACAGGACCCAAAGAGAGAGCCAAUGCCGCCUGUCUUCUCGCUUGCUACAUGGUGUUGGUGCAGCUGUGGGCGCCUCACCAGGUCUUGCAACCUAUUUCUCAAGUUGAUGUUCCAUUCCAGCCAUUCCGUGAUGCUGGGUACUCAACUGCAGACUUUGAGAUUACUAUUCAAGAUGUUGUUUAUGCCAUGUGGAGAGCCAAGGAGCGUGGCAUGAUUGACUUGACCACAUUCAAUUUAGAGGAGUACGAACAAUACGAGAGAGUAAACCAAGGUGACCUCAACAUCAUCUCCAAGGACUUCAUUGCCUUUGCUUCUCCGCAACAGAGUACCCGUAGACCCGGCCACCUUAACGAGCCUUUCAAGAAGGUACUCAACUUCUUCAUGGCUAAUGAUGUUCAAUUAGUCGUUCGCCUCAACUCCCACCUUUACGAUGCCUCCGAAUUCACAAAACGCAGCAUUGAUCAUAUAGACAUGAUUUUCGAAGACGGAACCUGUCCUACCUUAGAAUACGUACAGAAAUUCAUUGGUGCUGCUGAAUGCAUCAUCAACAAGGGUGGCAAGAUCGCCGUGCACUGUAAAGCCGGCUUGGGUCGUACCGGGUGUCUCAUUGGUGCACACUUAAUCUACACACAUGGUUUUACUGCCAACGAAUGCAUAGCAUAUAUGAGAAUGAUCAGGCCUGGUAUGGUUGUUGGUCCCCAACAACAUUGGCUCUACUUGCAUCAAAAUGACUUCCGUGACUGGAGACACACAAUGUGUCUUGACAACAAACCAGAUAUGUUCAUCGGUGGCUUAUUCCCCUUGGUUUCUUACGAGGACUUCAAGGCUCGUAUGAAACAGGAGGCAAAGCAAAGAAGACUUCAGCAACAGCAGCUGCAGCUCCAGCCUCAACUAAAUUCAUCAUAUGCUAGCCAUUAUGAUACAUCAUUCGCUACACCAAUCAGGCGGAGAAAAAUUUCAGGCGCUCUCGCCUCCAAGAUCCAGAAUGUUGUUCCUCAAGAAUCCCCUGGUCAACCAAGAAAGUACAAGGAAUCAGACAGCCUGGUAUUGCAUGACAUUUUAAAUAAUUCAGACGAAGAAGGCGCGAAUAGCAAAGCCGAUUACAUGAAUGAGGGAAACGACUCAAUCAUUGAACACGAAAUCAAUACAUCUCAGGGACGAAUCAGCCACAGCCUGCCUAAGAGAGACACCAGCGACUGGAAGGUCUUACGUUCACUUUCAACCAAUAGCACAAACCUGCCUGUGUCCAUCACCAAAACCACUACCACCACCACCCGUACGGUGAGCACCACUUUGACAUCAUCUCCUUCUUCACCCGAUCAAAACCGAUUGCCAAGGUCACGAUCUGGCAACCGGAUCAGCUCCGGUCAUUUUAACGGCAAGAACGCCGUUCGUAUUCACUCGGGCACACGUAGAAAGGUAAGUGGUAAGAAAUACUGA